UUGACCCUUCACCAACAAUUACCACUUUCAACUCCCUCUCAUUCUCUCUUGUCUUCUUCUUCUCUGCUCCUCGUUUUUCUCACUUCUCAACUUCCUUCCUCUCUCUCUCUGCAACGCCGGCGAACACGCAGCACCGCCACCUGCUAACGUGCGCCGGCGGAGCAAUGUCGCGAGCAAGAUCACGCUCACGCUCACCCUCACCGUCACCGUGCUGCGGUGACAGUCACUUAGUGCUGCUGCUGCCUGUGAUGCUCGCUGUUUUCUUCAACUCACUCCUUCUGCUUCCUCGUUCCUCGCUCGCUAUUCGACCUACCGAGUCGGAUCGGAUCGAACUCGCCAAUGCGACCGAGUCCAGCAGCAACGUCUCCCUCUCGCGCCCUCGCGAAGGAACCUUCGCCGACAUGAUUGAUCGCGCGCUCGAGCACGAGUUCACCGAGAACGACCAGAACGAAGCAACGGCUGAUCCGGGAAGCUUCAACAACAGUGUAGCAGAACAACAGGCUGUUCUGGAAACUGUGGCCAGAGUCACACCAAACAAGAAUGACACGAAAGAUGAAAAAUCAUUUCAACUACAUCAUGUAUUCAAUAGAGCUGAGGAAACCCCGAUGUUGAUAGAUCGAAAGGACAAUGUCUUCAUCAUUUCUAACUUUAAAUCCAAGUACCCGGUGCUCCAGCUAGAUUUACGAUUGAUUUCAGACCUGGUAGUUGCUAUUGUUUCAGCAACUUGUGGUGGCGUUGCAUUUGCUUUUGCUGGACAACCGGUCAUUACCGGAUAUCUUUUAGCUGGCUCCAUAGUUGGACCUGGUGGCUUUAACUUCAUCAGCGAAAUGGUGCAGGUGGAAACAGUUGCACAAUUUGGUGUAAUAUUCCUUUUGUUUGCAUUGGGCUUGGAGUUCUCCGCAACAAAGCUUCGAGUUGUUCGAGCUGUUGCUGUUAUUGGAGGCCUACUUCAGAUUUUUCUGUUUAUGUGCAUGUGUGGACUUACUGUAUCACUAUGUGGUGGUAAAGCCUCAGAAGGGGUUUUUGUUGGUGCUUUCCUUUCCAUGUCUUCAACAGCAGUGGUCUUGAAGUUUUUGAUGGAAAAGAACACCACUAAUGCUCUUCAUGGACAAGUCACUAUUGGGACCCUGAUUUUGCAGGACUGUGCUGUUGGAUUGCUCUUUGCAUUGCUUCCAGUUCUGGGUGGCACCUCAGGUGUUUUUCAAGGAGUGUUAUCAAUGACCAAGCUGUUGGUGACAUUGAUUGCAUUCCUCUCUGUUCUGUCAAUAUUGUCUCGCACUUGCCUUCCAUGGUUGCUUAAACUGAUGAUAAGCCUCUCAUCACAGACAAAUGAACUCUAUCAAUUGGCGUCAGUUGCAUUCUGCUUGCUAGUAGCCUGGUGUAGCGAUAAGCUGGGACUAAGUCUAGAACUAGGUUCCUUUGCUGCUGGAGUGAUGAUUGCAACCACUGAUCUGGCUCAACAUACACUAGAGCAAAUUGAACCUAUUCGCAAUCUUUUUGCUGCUCUUUUUCUAGCCAGCAUUGGAAUGCUGAUUCAUGUUCAUUUUCUCUGGAACCAUGUUGAUAUUUUGGUAGCAUCUGUAAUAUUGGUGAUUGUUAUAAAAACAAUCAUAAUUGCAUCUGUUGUGAAAGGAUUUGGUUACAAUAACAAGACUUCAAUACAUGUUGGAAUGUCGAUGGCACAGAUAGGAGAAUUUGCUUUUGUUCUUCUCAGUCGUGCUUCAAACCUUCAUCUAGUUGAGGGUAAAUUAUAUUUGUUGCUUCUUGGGACCACAGCUCUUAGUCUGGUGACAACUCCUUUACUUUUCAAGCUAAUUCCUGCUGUAGUGCAUCUUGGUGUGCUACUGAGGUGGUUCUCUACUGACAGUUCAAUGGAGAUUGGAUAUAAGCUAGAUAACCUCCGCUCAGAUAGUGGUAAGCAGCGGAUAAUUUUAAUGGACCAAGAAUCUCAUGAUUCUUAAUCACUGCACUGCACAAAGGGAUUUCCAUUUUUGCACGACCAUAGUUUUGACAAGGUUUUCCAAGUGUUGUUGAAAAGAAUUUGAUCUAACUGCAAUUUUUUCCUGAAUCAUGCAAACCCAUUCCAUGAUGGAUAUUGCAUACCAAACUGACCAAAUACUAACCAAGGCAACUCAUCUGAACCCCCAAAAUGGAAAGAACAGGGGAGAGGAACGAUAAAGCCUGAAAGAAAACUGACAAGACGUACAGAAGAAGGUAUGUAGAAGAUAUUUUCCAGAUCGUCAAUUUACUUUCGUUUUUUAAAAAAAUUUUGGUUGGGGUUGCUCAUAAAUGUAUGAUAUGGUUUGUAAUUUGAAUAGUCACUGUCGUUAUUUCUGCAAGCGUAGUUUUAAUGUAUCAAAAGUUUUCCUUUCUAGCAUCUAUGCCAUCAGUUGUGGCUGGGCUUUGUAUAUCUUAGGCAAGUUUGCAUUUGUGUUUUGGACAAAAUCAAUUGAUACGUUUAAGUGUGUAUAAAUUAUAAUAGAUGUCAUGUAUUCACUUUUCUAUGGGUUAUGGGAGUAUGCUGAUCAUGCUGCUUCCAUGUUUACUUUUCUAAA